AGGGAGCGGCGACUAUCUGCGGACAGUCGCUGGUGUCGAGUCGAGUCGGACUGUGUCAGUCAAAGAUGGCGGACGAGAGAGAGACGAGUGGUGGUGGCAGCGGCCAUGGCAAUCACAAUUCCGAUUCGACGGACGGGCCGGGGACGGGCGAUUUGAACACGGUCUUUGGCAUGAAACAGCGCGGACGUAAAGGCGCCCUCAAGAAAAAGAAUAUCUACGUCGUCAAGGAUCACAAGUUCAUUCCGCGCUUCUUCAAGCAGCCGACAUUCUGCAGCCACUGCAAAGAUUUCAUCUGGGGAUUCGGCAAGCAGGGCUAUCAAUGUCACAUUUGCAGUUUCGUCGUUCACAAACGAUGCCACGAGUACGUCUCUUUUACCUGUCCCGGCGUUACGAAGGGCGUCGAAUGCGAAGAUUCCCGGACGACACAUAAAUUUAAGCCGUACACGUACAGCAGCCCCACAUUCUGCGACCACUGCGGCUCUCUCCUCUACGGCGUCCUCCACCAGGGCAUGAAAUGCGAAGCGUGUGAUAUGAACGUGCACAAGAGAUGCACGGAGAGCGUGCCCCAUUUGUGCGGAUGCGACCACACGGAGAGGCGCGGACGGAUCGAGCUGAAGAUCUCCUGCACGCGCGACAAGCUCGUCCUCGAAGUCCGCCAGGGAAAGAAUUUGAUGCCGAUGGAUCCCAACGGCCUGUCGGAUCCUUACGUCAAAGCCCGACUCAUCCCCGACACGGACAACGUCAAGAAAAAGACCAAGACCAUCAAAGCGUCGCUCAACCCCGAAUGGAAUGAAACGCUCACAUUUGAUUUGAAAGCCGAGGAUAAGGACCGACGCAUCUUGGUGGAAGUGUGGGAUUGGGACCGGACGUCUCGCAACGACUUUAUGGGCUCGCUGUCAUUCGGCAUUUCGGAGAUCAUCAAAUCGCCGGUGGAGGGCUGGUUCAAGCUGCUGUCGGAAGAGGAAGGCGAGUUCUACAAUGUGCCCGUCACGGACGGGAUCGACACGGAAGUCUUCCGCAAGCAGAUCCGCCAGAAGGCGUCCGUCAUCAGCACCAACAAGCCCAAGGAGCCGUCGGAAUUCGAUCGCGAGAUUCCGCACAACAUGAACCGCAAGGACGUUAUCCGCGCCACCGAUUUCAACUUCCUCAUGGUCCUUGGCAAGGGUAGCUUUGGCAAGGUGAUGUUGGCAGAGCGCAAAGGAACCGACGAGCUCUACGCCAUCAAGAUCCUCAAGAAGGAUAUCAUUAUCCAGGACGAUGAUGUUGAAUGCACUCUAGUGGAGAAGCACGUGCUGGCCCUGGCCAGCAAACCGCCGUUCCUCGUCCAGUUGCAUUCGUGCUUCCAGACGAUGGAUCGUCUCUACUUUGUGAUGGAAUACGUCAACGGCGGCGACCUCAUGUUCCAGAUACAGCAAUGCGGCAAGUUCAAGGAGCCCGUCGCCGUGUUCUACGCUGCGGAAAUCGCCGUCGGACUCUUCUUCCUUCACAGCCGGGGCAUCAUCUACCGCGACUUGAAGCUGGACAACAUCCUGCUCGAUCAGGACGGCCACAUCAAGAUCGCCGAUUUCGGCAUGUGCAAGGAAGGCAUUAACGGAGAGAAAGUCACCAAAACAUUUUGCGGAACGCCCGACUACAUCGCUCCAGAGAUCAUCCUGUAUCAGCCGUACGGUCGCAGCGUCGACUGGUGGGCCUACGGCGUCCUACUCUAUGAAAUGCUCGUCGGCCAGCCGCCGUUCGACGGCGAAGAUGAAGAAGAACUCUUUGCCGCCAUCACUGACCAGAAUGUCUCUUAUCCGAAAUCGCUGUCCAAGGAAGCCAAAGAGAUUUGCAAAGGAUUACUGACCAAACAGCCAGCCAAGCGGCUCGGUUGUACGCCCAAAGGCGAAGAAGACGUCCGUACACACCCCUUCUUCCGGCGGAUCGAUUGGCUCAAGAUCGAGUCUAGGGAAGUCCAGCCUCCCUUCAAGCCCAAAAUCAAAAAUCCGAGGAUGGCCGAGAACUUCGAUCCGAUUUUCACGAAGGCAAGAGUCGAAUUGACGCCGCUCGACCGCAACGCGCUCAUGAUCCUCCAGCACAUGAACACGGCCGACUUUGCCGAAUUCGAUUGGGUCAACCCGGACUACGAGCCGAUCAUCGACCCGCCCUUGAUUGAGCAUCUCUCUCUCACGUCGACGACGUCAGCUCCCCAUCGCUCUGGCCCAAAUAGCCCUCGCUCUGCAAACUCUGGCGCAUCCACCACGUCGCACCCACUGACUAAAGAAUUCAAAGCAGCGCUCAAGGUCUACAGUUUCGAUAAAAACAAGAAGUGAUGUGA